AUGGACAAUAUCAAUGGAAACGCAGUGAAGGAGAAGGCAAGUUACUGGGCGAAGUAUCUGGCAUCGACCGAGCCAUGCCAGUUUCCUACCCGGAAUGAUGGACUUGACGGAGAGAAUCAACGGAAAGAAUUGCCUAUGGGCAUAGAGACGUUGGAGAUGCGGGAAUUCUGCAAGUCGCAGGAGAUAUCUCCGAUCAACGUGUUUCACCUGGCAUGGGCCAUGGUGCUUCGGUCCUACGCGAGAACGGAGUCAGUCUCUUUUGGAUACCAGACAAAUGGGCUCGGACUGCACGAAGACGAGAAUAGCGGCAUCGUACUGCCGUUUGCAGUCAAGAUAAGGGAAGAUUUGACCAUUGCCGAAGCUCUGAGAAACAUUGCAGCAGAUUACAGCCUGGGAUUGGAGCACCGCAACGAAUGGCUCUCCGAUGAAGCGACGUCUUUCCACACGAAGUUAGUGUUGUAUACAAGUCUGGGCGUGAGGCAGCAGGAGGAGCAACUGGAUAAUGCGAUUACGCUGCAUAUCACCGAUGCUGGCGCCGAUAUCCUCGCGAGUCUUGAGUUCUGGACGGUCUUGUUGUCCGAAGGCCAGGCCAGCAAUGUCAUCCACACACUGCAGCGAGCCGUUUUUUGCAUUCUCCACUCACCUCACGAGGAGAUCACGGCACAAGAUCUGUUCAGCGAAGCGCAUCGAGCGCAAGUUUGGGGGUGGCAUCAGACACGCCCGGAACUUGUGAACUCCUGUAUGCAUGAGUUCGUGUGCGAGAAAUUCAAUCAGCGCUAUCGCGAGACCGCAGUAUCUGCGUGGGACGGAGAACUCACCUAUCAGCAACUGGGAGACUUGUCCUCCAGCUUGGCCCACCACCUUGUCUCUUUGGGCGCUGGGCCCGAGGUUCUGAUCCCUGUGCUACUCGAAAAAUCCGUGUGGGUGCCGGUUGUAUUACUCGGAAUCUGGAAAGCAGGCGCUGCGAUUGUGCCUCUGGAUCCCAGCAGUCCUAUAACGCGUCUGAGAGACAUUUUCAUGGAAGCGAAAGCAACUAUUCUGGUAGCAUCGCCAACGCAAGCAGAGAGAAUGUCGCAAUCUGUCGAUAAUUUCGUCGUUGUUGACGAGCAGUUGUUCCAAAUGUUACCGAAAUAUAGCGAGGCACCAGUAUCGUCUGUGACUCCUCAGAAUACCGCAUAUGUGUCAUUCACAUCUGGAUCCACUGGGAGGCCAAAGGGAAUCUGUGUCGAGAAUGCGGCGUUUGCGUCGGCCUUGAGGAGACUACAAGGUGCAUGUCCUGCGACUGAAGCCUCACGGUCCCUACAAUUUGCCUCCCACAGUUUCUCCCCCGCACUUUAUGAGAUUUUCAUGCCCUUGGUUGCUGGUGGCGUAAUCUGUCUGCCGUCGGAAGAGGCCCGCCGGAAUAACCUCGUCGAGACAUUGAACGAAAUGCGCAUCACAUGGGCAGUUUUCACACCAUCGCUGCUUAAAGAAUUGAACCCAGACGAAAUUCAGUAUCUUGAGUCCAUAGUGCUCGUCGGAGAGCCCCUAUCCCGAUUCGAGGCUGCACCGUGGGUUGCAAAGAUCCAUGUCGUGUUUUGCUAUGCAUCAAGCGAAAAUGGCUUGAUGGCGUUCAACGACCAAAUGGGACAGACCUCCGACGUGCGAAAUGUCGGCCAUAGCGAUGUCGGAUGGGUUGUCGAUCCAAACAACCAUGACCGAUUGGUGCCCAUUGGCGUCGUUGGUGAGCUGUUAGUUCAUUCGCCGGUCACUGCACGAGGCUAUCUGAACGACCCUGAGAAGACGGCCGCCGUGUUCAUCGAUAGACCACCUUGGUUCGAUCCGAGUCUGCAGCUGGAGGGCCGGUUUUGCAAGACCGGGGAUCUGAUGGCGUACAACUCGGACGGAAGUCUCAGUUUCGUCGGCCGCAAGGAUUUCAUGAUUAAAGUGCGCGGACAGCGAGUCGAGAUGGGAGAAGUUGAGCGACGACUGGCCCAUCCACGAAUCAAGCAGUCAAUUGUAUUAUUUCCCGACUCGGGCCCUUGCAAACGUCGUUUGGUUGCGACUGUUUCGCUUCAAGACUUGCCGCUUCCCAAGAUAAAAUCUCAACGGAACCCGCUGGCACUUUUAGAGCCAGUAGACAUGAGAUCAAGCGCGGAAUGGGUCGACGCCAUGAGAGCCCAGAUGUCCAGGGAUCUGCCCAGCUACAUGAUUCCCGAGAUAUGGGUGCUGCUGGAGAGCCUGCCGCUCACUUUGUCCGGAAAGGCCGACCGUCAGAAAACAGUGCAGUGGCUGGAGGCGAUGGACGAUGAGACAUACGCGUAUAUUACAGCUCUUGGCGAGGAGGAAGACGUCGAUGAGCAAGAGACCCCGAUGGAGCAGUUGCUGCGCCAAAUCUGGGGUCAGGUGCUGGCUCGAGCCAGAGUGCCCCGGAAUCGCUCAUUUCUCAGCCUCGGUGGCGACUCCAUCUCGGGCAUGUCGGUGUUGUCCCAGUGUCGACGGGCAGGCGUGAAGUUGACUUUCCAAGAUAUCCUGCGAGCUCAGAAUGUAUCAGAGCUAGCAGAAAGAGCAAUUGCAGCGCUGGAAGCGAAAGGGUCUGAGGACAGCGAUCUUGUGGGAGAUGAGCUCACCUCCGAGAAACUCAUCACGUAUAAAGAUGCACUACUAGAGGCGGGCGUGUCCGAUUUAUCCAACGUCGAAGAUCUAUAUCUAUGCUCGCCUGUCCAGGAAGGUAUCAUUCUCAGUCAAGGGCGAAUCUCGGGUCAUUACUGGAUGUAUGUGAUCUGGGAGGCCGUUCCAUCUCAUGGUCAAGCGAUCAGCAUCGAACGCCUGACAAGUGCAUGGAGUGAUGUGGUUGACCGGCACCCCAUCCUGAGAACUCGAUUUGUGCGAAGCCCAUCCGGAGAAGCACAAUUGACACAGGUGGUGGUCAAGUCUUCAGAGGUGUCAGUGAUUCAUCAGCAGACGAAGGAGCCAUCGUUUCCUGGAGGAUUCGCGGACACUCAACUGGUUGCCGAAAGUGGCAAUCUCCAUCAGUUGACCAUCAUGACGAACGAUUCUGGACAGAUGUUCUGCAAACUGGAAAUGAGCCACGCUAUCGUCGAUGCCUUGUCAUUCCCCAUCAUACUUGGAGACCUCGGGCGGGCAUACGCUUCUGAGCUGGUGUUACAGCCAGCAGCACCGCGCUAUAGCGAGUAUAUUGCGCAUAUCCACAAAGGGUCACUUGAGCACAGCAUCGAAUACUGGAAGGAUUAUCUAAUUGACGCGACACCAUGUCAUUUCCCCUCGCUUGGUGGAACAGAUAGCGCUGCCGAUCGGAUGCAAAGCCUUGAGGUGGACACUGGAAUCCCCGCAGCCACACUGCAUUCCUUCUGCCGCCGCUACGGUAUCACUCUAUCCAAUGUGUUCCAGCUCGCAUGGGCUCUGGUCCUUCGGGCAUAUACAGGGUCGGACGAUGUGUCCUUUGGUUAUCUGACGAGUGGAAGAGAUGCCCCGAUUGAGGGCAUCAUGGAGCACGCGGUGGGGCCGUACAUCAACAUGCUCGUCUGUCAUCUCAAUCUGGACGAAAGGGCAGACGUGCGGCAGUUGAUGCUGCAGAUUCAAUCGACAUUCCUGGAUAGUCUUCCCCAUCAGAACUGCUCGCUAGCAAACAUCCAGCACGCACUGAGCUUAUCUGGCCAGGCCCUGUUUAACACCGCGAUGUCUGUCUCUCGCGUGGUUCCAGAUAAGGUGACGAUCACGGAUGGCACCAGUUUUCAGAUUACGGAACUAUACGACCCGACUGAGUACCAAGUGUCGGUAAAUGUAGGGAUCUCUAGUGACAAGGUCGACGUGCGAUUCAACUACUGGAGCUCAUGGGUAGGCGAGAUUCAGGCGACUCAUAUUGCGAGCACCUUCACUCAGACCCUACGCUCGAUCGCACAAGGUCUGCCAGAUCAAAAGAUUGGCGAUGUGAACCUUCUGAGCGAACUGAGUAUAAAUCAGAUCUCGACGUGGAACUCAGUCAACCCUGAGCUUGUGGAUGAGUGCAUCCACCAUCUCAUUACACAUCAGGCAGACCGACAGCCGCAUCAUCCGGCCAUUGAGUCAUGGGAUGGAAUCUUCUCAUACGCACAGCUAGACGAUCUUUCAUCGAGACUGGCCCACUACUUGGUCGGUUUGGAUGUAGGAAUAGGUCCCGAGACUAUGAUACCUCUGUGUUUCGAAAAGUCAAUCUGGACGGCUGUCGCGAUGUUGGGAGUGCUAAAGGCGGGUGCCGUAUGCUGCAUGCUAGAUCCAUCGCAUCCCGUUGGGCGACUGCGCAGCAUCAUCGACAACAUCAAGGCACCCGCAGUGUUAACGGACGGCAUGAAUGGACUAGAUACCGAGUUGCUGUCUGAAAUUUGUACCGAAUCAGUCGUUGUAAAUGCCGGAUUUGUCAACAGCUUGCCGAAGAAGCAUGGUCCUGCAAACACAUCAGUGCGACCUGACAAUGCGGCCUUUGUCGUCUUUACAUCUGGAUCUACAGGCACCCCAAAAGGUAUCGUGAUCGAGCACAGAGCCAUUGCGUCCAGCUCCAGAGCGCAUGGCACGGCCAUGAAGCUGAAUGGAGACGCUAGAGUGCUGCAAUUCGCGUCCUACAUCUUCGAUGUGGCGAUUCAAGACCACUGCACGACGCUGAUGCGAGGAGGCACUAUCGUGAAACCCUCCGAGUACGAGCGCAUGAACGACCUGCCUGGAGCAAUGAAACGUCUCCAGGCCAACUGGGCUAAUCUCACUCCCACGGUAGCCAGCUUAUUACUGCCCGAAGAUGUCAACGGAUUGAAUGUGUUGGCGCUCGGUGGCGAACGCAUCCGGCAAGAGACGGUGGAUUCGCUCUCAAACAGUACCAACUUGACAUUGAUUUAUGGACCAGCUGAGUGUUCCAUGACAAUGUCCGCCAAUUUUGGAGUCCGGCCCCAUUCCAGCUCGGCCAACUUUGGCUUUGCAUGCGGAUCAUUCAUGUGGCUGACGGAAAUUAACAACCACGAUCGCCUGGCCCCAGUAGGCGCCGUAGCAGAGGUCAUCAUCGAGGGACCGAUUCUCGCUAGGUGCUAUCUGAAUCAACCGGACUUGACGGAGCAGGCGUUUAUCGAAAAUCCAGAGUUCACACUCAGCCAGAGACUGGACUUGGGUCCUAGGCGAAUGUAUAAAACGGGGGACCUGGCUCGAUAUAAUGCCGAUGGCUCAGUCAGUUUUGUCCGACGAAAGAACAUCCAGUCACAGGUGAAGUUACGUGGCCAGAGGAUUGAAUUAGGCGAGAUCGACUUUCACCUCUGGGGCAACGAAUGGGUGAAACAUGGGGUGGCCUUCAUGCCAGCAUCGGGGCCCUUCAAAGGCAAACUUCUCGCUGCAGUGUCUCUACAAUCCAUCGCAUCCCCUAGUGACAAAGAAACAAUCCAUGUGGUGAGCGAUGCACAGCGGGGCGAAGUGGCUAUCACGAUGUCCCAGGUGCGUGAAUACUUGGCAAACCAUUUACCAUCUUACAUGAUGCCCGAAGUCUGGGUAGUGCUCGAGCACUUCCCGCUGAACACGUCCGGCAAAAUGGACCGGAAGCGAGUGAUCGCAUGGAUUGAGGGCGACCUUUCAGAUGAGAUCGUGCGUCGAAUUUAUAAUGCCGUGGAUGAUAGCGAUCCAUCUCAGCAGGCGGCGACGGGCAUAGAGAAGAAGCUCCAGGCUGUCUGGAGUAAAGUGCUCAACAGGCCCAUUGAGAAAGUGCCUAUCAACCAGUCUUUUGCCAGCCUUGGAGGGGAUAGUAUUACUGCAAUGCAAGUUGUCUCAACUUGUCGCGCCACGGAGAGCAUCGUGGUCACAGUCCAAGACGUGCUUCGAUGCAAGAGCAUUUCUCAGCUAGCAUUCAACACUCACUCCGCCCAGCAGUCGACCAUCUCGAAGGACGAAGAGCUGGAUGUAGCAUUCGCUCUCACACCGAUCCAGCAAAUGCAUUUUGACCUCGCCGUAGAUGGCUCUUAUCACUACAAUCAGAGCUUCAUGGUCUCUGUCGCCAAGGAGAUUUCCGUGGCGGACUUAAAGAAGAGCAUCGAAGCAAUUGUACGCCAACAUUCGAUGCUUCGCGCCCGGUUUACUCGUUCCGAGGAUGGCAAAACCUGGACCCAACGUAUCACAAUGCAGGUGGAGGAGUCUUAUCGCCUGAAAUCGUACAACAUCUCUAACGAGGAGGAGAUGCGACCGUUGAUGCUAAAGACGCAGGAGAGCCUUGACUUCCAACAAGGCCCUUUGUUGGCGGUAGAUUUUAUCCAUCUCAAUGGUAAACAAUUCCUCUCUCUCGUCGCACACCAUCUGGUGAUUGACUUCGUCUCGUGGAGAGUUAUCCUACAAGACCUGGAGCAACUGUUAGCCUCUGGAACCUUGCAAUAUGACGAGAAGCCGUUUCCCUUCCAAACCUGGAGCCGCCUGCAAGAAGAGUACAGCAAACAAUUCCUCACUCCACAAAAGCUUGUGGGCGACGUUCAGCCUACCGACUACGCAUUCUGGGGCAUGGAAGGGGUGCCGAACCUUUUUGGUGAUGUCAUGCACGAGAGAUUUGUUCUCGAUGAGAUGACAACAAGCGCACUGCUGGAAGGAUGUCAUGAAGCCCUGAGGACGGAACCCUUGGAUAUCAUGAUUGCCGCCUUGAGCUAUUCAUUCGCUCAGAAAUUUGGCAGAUCCACACCAUCAAUCUACAUUGAGAGCCAUGGCCGCGAGCCAUGGGAUUCCGCCAUUGAUUUGUCCCGGACAGUAGGCUGGUUUACCACCAUGUAUCCGAUCACACUAGCCAAGGUUGAGAACAUCAUCGAAGCUGUUCGUCAAGCAAAGGACCUGCGCCGUAGAACGCCAAAUCGUGGCUGGUCUUACUUCACAUCUCGGUACUUGAAUGAGGAAGGCAAGCAGGCAUUUGGGCAUCAUGGGAUGCCAGAGAUUCUCUUUAAUUAUCUGGGUGUACUGCAGCAACUGGAACGAACCGAUGGUCUACUUCACGCAGUGGAGCUGAAUGAAGGCGAGUAUAUUGAUAUUGGUGCUGAAGUGCCUCGCAGUGCACUCUUUGAUAUCGCUGCAAAGGCUGAAUAUGGGCGGUUACAAUUCCAUUUCUUCUUCAACAAGAACAUGAAUUAUAUCGCAGAGACCAAGGAUUGGAUGCAGGCCUUCAAGAUGACUUUGGAAGAGGCAGCAGAGCAACUUAUUCUCCUGAAACGAGAGUACACCCUUGGCGACUUCCCUCUCAUGGAUUUCACGUACGACGAACUCCAACAAUUUGUGGCGCAGAAACUCCCCCAGGUUGGCAUCACGACCCUCGCCAUGGUGGAGGAUGUAUAUCCCUGUUCCCCAAUGCAAAAUGGAAUUCUACUCAGCCAAUCCAAAACUGGCAACAACUACCAGUCCUUCUUUUUGUGGGAACUGAAGCCAAGAAGUGGUCCUUUUGAUGAAGGAGAUAUGGCACGUUUCAAAGAGGCAUGGCAAGACGUUGUCGAUCGCCAUCCAUCUCUCCGAACCAGGUUCAUGGAAAGUUUGUCGGGUGACUCUGCCUUCCACCAAGUUGUGUUGAAAGCUGAACCCGUGGAGAUACUUCGUCUCAAUGGUGACCCACAGGAUCCCGUUGAGGUACUGAAACAACAUCACCAACAUUUUCAAUACCAAUCAGGCAGACUGCACCAUAUGUCUAUCUGCAUCGGAGACAGAAAGGCGGUUUGCAAACUCGAAAUCAACCACGCCAUUGUCGAUGGCAUCUCUAUUGGCGUUCUGGUCCGAGAUCUCGAGCAAGCUUUCAGCCAUACGCUCAGAGGGACUGGUCCGCUUUACAGCAGUUACAUCUCUUAUCUCCAGAGAGAACAGAAUCUCAAGCAAACUGACGCUCACUGGAAGAACUACCUUUCAAAAGUCGAGCCAUGUUAUUUCCCGGCCUUCCAAGGCCAGAAGCUUGGCGAGGAGCGAGGAGAUCUGGAGGUCGAGUAUGUUCAGCUGUCGAGGUCGGCAGCCAAGUUACGAGAAUUCUGCUCUGAGACCGGAAUUACAGUUUCGAAUGUCAUUCAACUAGUCUGGGCCAUUGUACUGCGGAGUUACACGGGACAGGAUGAUAUCUCUUUUGGGUAUCUGACAUCAGGUCGUGAUGCAUCAGUGCCUGGAAUCCAAGACGCCAUCGGAGCUUUCAUUAAUAUGCUCAUCUGCAGACUAGACAUCCAGGGGACCGAGUCCGUGAUGGAUUUACUGGAGAAAGUCCAAGAUGAUUUCCUGGCAAAUCUACCCCAUCAAUAUACCUCAUUGGCCGAGAUACAGCACACUCUACCUUUGGGAGGAAAGCCCCUGUUUAAUACUUCGCUCUCAGUACAACGAGCGGCUAUUCGUGACGACGCCGAGCUGCAGCUUAAGAUGGAGAGGGUGGAAGCAUAUGAUCCAACGGAAUACGACGUGACGGUCAAUGUCGAGGCCUCAGAUGAAGAUGUGCAGAUGGUGAUUUCCUACUGGAAUGCGCAGAUGUCGCGGCAGCAGGCACUUCUGGUAACCAGUCUCUUCAGCCAUACGUUAAACGUCGUACUCGGGAAUCCUGAUGCGCAAAUCAACCACCUGAAUCUAAUCGACGAUUCUGCUGGCGAGCAAAUUCAAGAGUGGAACAAGACUGUGAAUAUCGAGGCGGAUUCGAUCGAAGAUAAAAUCAGAAGCCAUUCAGUUGAACGGCCCGACUCAGUGGCUAUCAGCGCUCCAGAUGCUACUCUGACCUACGCAGAAUUAGAUCACUACUCCUCUCUGAUGACACAAUACCUUGUGGAAUGUGGUGCGACGGCACAGCUUGUCUCUAUCCACAUGGAAAAUUCAGCUUGGGGCAUAGUUUGCAUGCUCGCUGUCUUGCGCGCUGAUGCGACCUUUGUGCUUGGCCAGGACAGUAGCCAGUAUGAAAAAGUCAAGAUGACACUGGUGUCGAGAGAGAGUCCAGGAUCACCCCCAUCACAAGAUAAUGCGUCAAUCGUGGUUAGCCAGACAUUCCUCGAUAGCCUGACGACCAAGUCUCCUGUGGUCUCGGGCGACAGGGACCACAUCGCGUUUAUUAUAGAUGGAGUCCACAUGGAUCGUCAGGCCUUCUAUACUGGUAUCCACCAACUUGGUAAAUCUUUGAAACUCAACUCAGGGACGCGCACCCUGCAGCUCGCUCCAUACACAUCAAAUGUCUCGAUGACGGAGAUAUUCGGUACUCUGAGCCAUGGGGGAUGCAUCAUUGUGCCUGCAGUACAUGACCGGUCGAUUGAUAUUGUCUCAUCUAUCCAAAGCCAUAAUGUUAACUGGGCCUGUUUCUCGCCUUCUAUCGCCCGAUUGAUGGACCCCGAAGAGGUUUCGUCACUCCAGACACUCCUUCUUGUUGGGGAACCUGCCGGGUCGGACAAUGCUACCCUCUGGGCUCCUAAGCUGGAUUUAUUCAGUGGAUACUGGGUGAAACAGGCCUGUGGCUUUCCUCUCAUCAAUAAAUUGACUCCCAAUAGUAUACUGCCUGCGGUCGGUGGCCCAGGUGGUCCGUGCAGGAUUGCGAGUCCCUGGAAUGAGGAGCAACUGGCGCCCGUUGGCUGUGUCGGACAGUUGAUUCUGGCAAGCCCAUCACUGGCUCGGGAGUUCGUUGAUUGUGCUAUCACAAGCCCUGCAGUGUCUGGAAGUCCAAAUGGUCUAUCCCAAAUUAGAUUGGCCACUCAGCUAAGAACUGGCGAUCUCGUUCGCUAUGCCAUCGAUGGUACGAUUGAGCUUGUUCGACAGAAGGAUGACUUGUUCAAGGUGAAUGGUCAUCAAGUACAGUUCGACAAAAUUGAAAGUCACAUCAGAUCUUUCGAUUAUAUUCGCAAUGUCGCUCUGUCAGACCCUAAGAUCGGGAUCUGUGCAGAUCAGUUAACAGUCAUGGUGACUUUGGCCGCGGUCAAGCCACCAACCGGGGAUGGCCUGUCGCCCAAGACAAUUCACGCGACCGGGCAAAAUGGAUCCGCUAUCAAAGCAGAAAUUUCUCGGAUUCGAGAAGCAAUGCUGGAGUAUUUCCCCUUGUAUAUGAUUCCCACGGUGUGGGCAGCCGUUGACAUGCUUCCCCUUCACGCGUCCGGUGUUGUGGAUCGAGCGCGAACGGUGAAGUUUUUUGAAAACAUGGACCACGCUGAGUAUCAUAACAUAAUGGAAGAGGCUACUGCUGCAUCUAAUACACUGGAAACCUCGGUGGAGCAGAAGAUGCGAGAAAUCUGGAGUCGCGUCCUUCACCAACCAGUAAAUCAGAUCGGAACCUCGCGGUCUUUCUUGAGUUUGGGUGGCGACAGCAUCACUGCCAUGCAAGUCGUUUCUCAGUGCCGUGCAGAGAGAAUCCGUGUCACUGUUCGGGAUGUGCUCCGUUGCCGGACCGUGUCCGAUCUUGCAUCCCGAGCUGAGGUAACAGGUUACGUCGCGCCUCUCGAAGAGGAUCCUGAAACUCCAUUUGAACUGAGUCCAAUCCAGCAGACGCACUUUGAGCUGGCGCCGAAUGGACAGAAUCAUUAUAAUCAAUCCUUCUUUGGGCGUAUCGGAUGUCGCCAGAUCUCUCCAGAAGAACUGAGAGGCGCAAUUGAAGGUUUGAUAAUGCAGCAUCCCAUGCUGCGAGCCAAGUUCCGUAAUAGUGACGCUGGAUGGAUGCAAACUAUAUCCAGGACAGCAGACCAGUCAUAUUGUUUAAAUCAUCACCGUGUUGAAACCAUCUCUCGAACAAAAGAGGUGAUUUUGCGAACCCAGAGAUCCCUGGACAUUGAACAGGGGCCCAUUCUCGCGGUUGAUCUAUUCGAUAUCUCAGAUGAUCCGAAGAAUGCCAUCUUUAUCGUUGCUCACCACCUAGUGGUUGACCUGGUUUCCUGGCAGGUGAUGUUACGUGAUCUGGAGAUUCUACUGCAGAAACAGAAACUACAGACACCUUCCACGUCAUUCCAGGCGUGGUCUCGACUGAAGGCCGGCAGACUUGAGAGUAUCACCCCUGAAGAUGUCCUCCCGAUCAAUAUUCCUGAAGCCGACUAUGCCUACUGGGGUCUAGGCACCGCUUCGAACACGACUGGCGAGGCGUCUCAUGAAGCCUUCGGUUUGAGCCAGGAGCAUACGAAAGUACUGCUCGGUUCUAAGGGAUCAGCUGCCUUAAGAGUCCAGCCAAUCGAUAUAAUUCUGGGAGCAGUGGCACAUGCCUUUGUAGCCACGUUCACUGAUCGAUCCCUGCCGGCCAUCUUCAAUGAAGGCCAUGGACGCGAGCCAUGGGAUGACAGUAUCGAUCUAUCGGACACGGUAGGUUGGUUUACCACGUUAUACCCUCUUCACAUCAGCCACAACAAAGAAGAACCCAUCCUAGACGCCAUCAGAGGCUUCAGGGACUUACGCCAACAAGUGCCUGAAAAUGGCAGGCCCUACUUUGACUACCGAUAUUUAACCGCCUCGGGGAGGCAAGCCUUCCGGCAUCACGCGAAAGCAGAGAUCAUGCUCAACUACACCGGGCCUUAUCAGCACUCUAAAAAUGCGAACGCCUUCUUUGAACCGAUUCACUUUGAUGAGAUGAGCUUCGCUGCUGAUAUCGCUGCGGAGAUGCCGCGUGGCUCCUUGAUUGACAUCCUGGUCAAGGGUGAACCAGAUGGCAUGCGGUUCUACUUUUUCUACAAUAAGCGGAUGCGCCAGCAAGAAAAAAGUCAAGGCAUGGAUUAG